AUGUCUUCUGCAACCGCCGCUUUUUUGAAGCCAAUAUCAAUAGCCGAAAGUUGCCUACCCUCUGUGCCAGCCCUCUUCGCCCCCAAAAACCAAUACCCAAUUCUUUCACUUCCUUCAAAACCCACCAAGCUCUCAGCCGUCUCAUGCUCAUUUACGCCUUCUCUCCCUUCAUGGGUCUCUCUCAAGCACAAGUCUUUACCUCUGCAUGUGGCUCAGACCUCGGACUGGGCUCAAGAAGAAGAAGUAAAAGAAGAGGGUUCGGGUUUUGAGAGUGAAGGGGUCGAGGAAACAGAGGAGGGGGUAGAGGCAAGUGCUUUAUCUGAUGGGGAAGAGAGUUCUGGAGACGGAGUUUUAGCGGUUGGUGAAGAAGAAUACUAUCCCGAACCACCCGAAGAGGCCAAGCUCUAUGUGGGUAAUUUGCCUUACGAUGUUGAUAGUGAGAAACUUGCUCAUAUCUUCAACGAGGCUGGGGUUGUUGAGAUUGCUGAGGUGAUCUACAAUAGGGAAACAGAUCAGAGUAGAGGUUUUGGGUUUGUGACUAUGAGUACUGUUGAAGAAGCUGAGAAGGCUGUACAGUUGUUCCACCGUUAUGAUAUAGGUGGAAGACUUUUGACUGUAAACAAGGCUGCUCCUAGAGGGUCACGUCCUGAAAGACCUCCUCGAGUGAAUGAACCCUCUUUCAGAAUCUAUGUUGGUAACCUGCCAUGGCAAGUUGAUGAUUCUCGUUUGGAGCAGGUUUUCAGUGAACAUGGAAAGGUGGUCAGUGCCAGGGUAGUAUAUGACCGGGAAACAGGGCGCUCACGCGGGUUUGGUUUUGUUACGUUUUCUAGUGAGACAGAAGUGGAUGAUGCCAUUGCUGCUCUUGAUGGACAGAGUUUGGAUGGCAGAUCAAUCCGAGUAAAUGUUGCUGAAGAGCGACCAAGGCGUGGCUCAUUUUCUAUUUAA